UGAGGACCGAUCCGAAUUCCUCUUUCUUCUUUUCGUCAUCACCGUCCUCCAACCAACAAAUACACAGAUUCUCUCUAUUCUCUCCUCUUUUCUGUGUUAGCGUGAAAUUCAAUUUUUUUUUGGUCUUUAUAUUUUUUUAAAGAGAAAGAAAGAAGGAGCGAAGAGAGAGAAAGAUGAAGAUCACAGCUUUACUGGUCCUGAAGUGCCAACCCGAAGGAUCCGACCCGAUCAUUCUAGCCAACGCUUCGGAUGUAAGCCAUUUCGGUUACUUCCAGAGGUCCAGCGUCAAAGAGUUCAUCGUUUUCGUUGGCCGUACCGUUGCCAAACGCACACCUCCUGGCCAGCGCCAGUCUGUUCAGCAUGAAGAGUAUAAGGUGCAUGCUUACAACAGAAAUGGUCUUUGUGCGUUGGGCUUUAUGGAUGACCAUUACCCCGUUCGGAGCUCAUUUUCUGUGCUCAACAAGGUGCUAGACGAGUAUCAGAAAACUUUUGGUGAAUCAUGGAGGAGUGCACAAGCAGAUGGCUCUCAGUCAUGGCCUUACUUGAAUGAGGCUCUAGCAAAUUUUCAGGAUCCUGCAGAAGCUGACAAGUUGAUGAAAAUUCAGAGGGAGUUAGAUGAAACAAAAAUUAUCCUUCAUAAGACUAUUGACAGUGUCCUUGCACGAGGCGAGAAAUUGGACAGCUUAGUUGAAAAGAGUUCAGAUCUUAGCGCAGCAUCACAGAUGUUCUAUAAGCAAGCGAAGAAGACGAACCAGUGUUGUUCUAUUUUGUAAGUUACAGAGGCGAGCAGCAACAACAACUGAUGGAUUUCCUUGUAUUGUGUCUAAAUUGAUGGAUGUCAAAGUGGUGCUUGUUCUAUACUUAUAUAUGUUAAUACCAUUUACCCAAUGUUUGUUUUGAAAGAAUUGUGGAAUGUUGCCUCUUUUUUAUUUUUUAUGGCUCCAAGAUCAUAUUGACAGAAUAUCUUAUCCUCUGUUUUAAUAUUAAUUUGAAUGUGGUCGACACCUCAGUUUUAAUUUCAGCCGUGUAGUAUGUAACUUUCUUAUGUAUUUUUAUAAUAUAGAUUCUCUUAUUCUUUUGAA